CAGGCGGAAACGAUAACCAGAUUGCGUGCUUUGAGGAAUAAUUUCGCUUUUUUCCUGCAGAAACUGUUGCCUUAGGUCGCGAGUUUUAACCUUCGUGGUCGGCGCAAAACUCCUGUGUCCCUGUUAGUGUGGCAUUGAGUGCCGUGAUCAUCACGCGUAACGCUAUUAUGAUCAUCUUGGGUUUCGGUUAAAAGUAUCGGCAGGUUCGGAUCUUGCAAUUAAACAACCGGAGGAAUGAAAUCGGUUCUGUUGAUACUGCCGCUGCUCUGGUCAGUGGCGUUGACAGGAGAGUACGGCGAAUUUUAUACCGGUUACGACGAUUUUGAUCUAGUCCAUGAUGUAGGAAGUAUCGGGCAGUGUCAAGAUGGACUUUGGCAUCUCACUAAAUUGGGAGAUGAAGUGUGCAUCAAGGAAUUGGGGUGCUUCACGCUGUCAAAAGACUUUUAUCACCCUCAGUUUCGACCCUGCAAUGUUUUGCCCGAGCCUCGUAGCCUUAUCAACACACGCUUUGUACUUUUUACAAGAAGCAAUGUUCACCAGGGAAAAUUUUUAAAUGCUGACAACGAAACAAGUAUCAGAGAAUCCGGUUUUAACCCUAACCAUACGACGAGGUUUAUAGUUCAUGGAUAUCAAGAGAAUCCACUGCAUGAUGCAUGGGUUUUGAUUAUGAUGAAAGAGUUCCUCAACCAAAAUGAUACCAAUGUAAUGAUUGUAGACUGGAGCAAAGGAAGUCAACCUCCUUAUAUCCAGGCAGUUGCUAAUGCAAGAGUAGUGGGAGCUGAAAUUGCAAGAAUGGUGAAUGCAUUGAAGAAAUUCGGAAAUUUGACAACAUCCAUGUUGCACAUCGUCGGACAUGGACUAGGAGCACAUGUAGCCGGUUAUGCUGGUCAGAGCAUUUUGCCGAUGGUUAAUAGAAUAACAGGAUUAGAUCCAGCUUACAAGUACUUCUGUAAUAUGCCUGAAAACGUCCGGUUAGAUUCUGGUGAUGCAGAAUUUGUGGAUGUGAUACACACAGAAUUGAAAGCAUAUGAUUCAGGACACGGGGGAUGUCACAAAUUAGGUCACGUGGACUUCUUCCCAAAUGACCAAACUGUUGCUUCGCAUCCUUACUACGAAGUGAUAGGUGAUCAUCAGAAGGCAGCAUCUUUAUUCAUCUCUACCAUUCGGAAUCGCACCUGCAAGAUGACUGGAUAUUAUUGCCGUAGCUACAAAGCAUUUCUACGAGGAGAAUGCGGAGAUUGUGGAUCAGAUGGAUCGCAAUGUGCCAUUAUGGGAUUUCAAGCUGAUCAAUACGAACCAUUUAAAUCUUCGAAUUUCUCCACGAUGUAUUUAGUGACUGGAUCUUAUCCGAAUUUUUGUGUUUACGAAUACCGCCUGAGAAUGGUGCUGGAAAGCACAGAUCCAGGUCUUGAAAAGCACACAAAGAGUGGAAAUCUCUUGUUAUUACUUAGAGGCCAAAGAAAGCCCCUGUUUGUUCCUUUAAGAUUUUACAGCAUGCAUUCUGGAAAAGAAUACACAUUUCUGGUAACUUCAGCAGUGAAUAUUGGUGAAAUCCAAAAUGUAACAGUAAGAUGGCAAGAGCAGGGCGUUUAUGAUGAACGCUUUCACUCGGGGGAAGCAGUUUGGUAUUUUCAAAAUUCAAAUGUUAAUAUAGAAAGAAUCAACGUAACGCGUUUGAAUUUUGAACCUUCCGAAGAGAUGAGGGGCCCUACUGAAGUCACAUAUUGCAAAAGAGCGGCAGAUAGCGAACCAGGAUGGAUGUCUUAUUUUCCAGACUGCAGCUAAGGUAUCCGUCUUCAGACCGACAGGACGAGUUAGAGAAGAAAUUAAUCUAAAGCUUCUUAAAAGAAGAACAUUUUAUUCUGAGGCAAGAGACUGAGACGCCUUUCUGUUCAGCCGAAAUUAAAUUUUUAAUUUCUUUCAUGGCAAAGAAGUUAUGGUUUCGUUAACUUACGGAAAUGUAAUUGUUUCAGUCUUACUUUGCGAAAAUAAAACACUGUGACAAAAAUUGUUCGUAAUUGCUGACGGGUGCUGGUUUUCUAAAAAGUGAAACAUAACCUCUGUGUGUUUCAAAUGCUUCUUUACUUAAAAGGAUUCGAAUACCUAAAUGCAACUUUUUUUGCACAGGUAAAAUUGACUGUUUGUGUGAUGAAGACGGAUGAAAUAAUCGAGGUUCUGUGAUGCUAAAAGACUUUAAGCCUCGUAGACGAACACAGUAGAAUUUUCUGAAUUAGAGCACUAUUUUCUAUAAAGCUUCAGUGGCGUUUUUUAGGUGCUUCCUUUCUGUUCUGUGUGCUUCAUUAAUUCUGCAGUGUGAAAUGUAUUGAG